AUGAAAAUGAUUUUCACUGGAUGUCCAACGGAUAUGACGAAAGGCCAAGACGGACCACAGUGCCCACAGCUUGAGUUGAGUGCCUUGACGGAUGCAUCCCGUGCCCCCAUUGUCAUAACAGAAUAUUCUAUCGGUUCUCAUCUGCAGUUACUUCCGAAACGCAGCAAGAGUUGUCCAGUCUGGUCUUGCAUCCAACUAUUUUUUCCAGAUAGUAAAUGCCGUUUUCGUUAA